UUAUUAUUCCAAGAGUGCAGUUAUUUGUGCUAUGUCUUUGAAAUAUUUACACAACCAAACGACGCUUUACCCAAACUAUCGAUUUGAUACCGACUGAUAGCCCUCGUUCAAAUUGGAAUGGGUUUUUCCCAGAAAUGGAUGUUUGCAUUCCUCGUGGAAUUUUCAAUAACGAUGUUACAGUGCGAUUCCCAAGUAUGUCCAAAGAACUGGGUACCUUUUCAAACCUCGUGCUACAAGUUCUCUUCCAAGUCACUCUCCUGGAAUGCAGCAAAAGCUUCCUGCGAAGCACAAAGAUCCCAUCUCGUCGUGAUCAAUUCUCGAGCUGAAAAUCAAGGGAUUGGCACGUGGGUAACACAUCAUGCAUAUCAUAUUGGUUUGUAUAGGGAUCCUAAAGACAACAAUCGCUGGCUCUGGGUCGAUGGCUCGCGACCAAAUUUUACCAAUUGGAAUUCUGGAGAGCCCAAUAAUGUUGGAGGGAGCGAGGAGUGCAGCAACAUAUAUAGCAAGAGGUACGGAUGGAGGUGGAAUGACCUCACCUGUGGUAGUUCACUGCCUUACAUUUGCGAAACCCGUGUAUGUCCAAAGAACUGGGUACCUUUUCAAACCUCGUGCUACAAGUUCUCUUCCAAGUCACUCUCCUGGAAUGCAGCAAAAGCUUCCUGCGAAGCACAAAGAUCCCAUCUCGUCGUGAUCAAUUCUCGAGCUGAAAAUCAAGCGAUUGGCACGUGGGUAACACAUCAUACAUAUCAUAUUGGUUUGCAUAGGGAUCCUAAAGACAAGAAUCGCUGGCUCUGGGUCGAUGGCUCACAACCAAAAUUUACCAAUUGGUAUUCUGGAGAGCCUAAUAAUCAUGGAGGCAGCGAGGACUGCAGCCAGAUAUAUAGCAAGAGGCACGGAUGGAGGUGGAAUGACCUCCCCUGUCGUAGUUCACUGCCUUACAUUUGCGAAACCAGUGAUAUUGACGAGUGUGCUGUGUCAAAUGGUGGCUGCAGUCACAAGUGUGUCAAUAAUGCAGGAGGCUAUAAAUGUGAAUGUCCAGACCCAGAGCUGAGCUUAUCAUUAGAUAACAAGACAUGUAGUGCUCCAGGAGUGGAUGUCCAAUGCAACAGUAACAACAUGACCAUUAUCAUUCCCAAGUUCCUCCUCCGUGGUCUCGACCGUGAGCAUCUUCGACUCCUAGACACUAGAUGCAAGGCUGGGGAAACCAACUCCCACUUUUAUCUAACGACUCCGCUGACUGGCUGUGACACAAAACGCAGGCUUACAUCCACAGCUAUCGUCUAUUCCAACACAGUUUUUGAAAUCCCUGUGGCCGCUAAAGACGUCGUAACACGCGUGCGGGAAAUAGAAAUACCAUUCAGCUGCUACUUAUCCAAAUACGGCGAGGUAUCAUCCAUUGGUUGGAAGCCAAGCAACAGAAAACUUGUCUUCAGCGAUGAAGGCAAAGGGAACUUCACAAUUUCUCUGAAUAUGUUCCCCGACAAAAGAUUCGUGAGUCCUUACAUGAAGGAUGACUUUCCUGUUGAUGUAGUGCUGCGCAAACUUCUGUUCUUUGAAGUAUCAGUAACAUCGACGGACAAGAAGUUGUCAAUCAUGGCUGAUCGAUGCUAUGCCACGCCCACCCAGGAUGAGAAGAGUGCUCUUAAGUACGAAUUUAUUAAGAAUGGAUGCCCGAAUGACGUCACCGUUAAUUAUCACUCUGUGCCAUCAUCGAAUGCUCAGCGGUUUAGCCUGGAGGCUUUCAAGUUCAUUGCAGAUCAUCCAUUCGUAUUCGUGCACUGCCACGUGACUGUAUGCAACACAACCAACGCAGCCUCGCAAUGCACAAGAAACUGUUUAUCAAAUGGCCGAGGAAAACGAGCAGUGAGUGAUCACGUGAAUGAUGAAGUGUAUUCUUUGGCCCAGGGCCCGAUCCACCUCGCACGAGGCAAGCGAGAAAGAGAGGAAGAGAAAGCCUUCGCUAAAAGUGGAUCCAGUCCUUUCUUCAUGAUGUCUGUGUUUGCGAUGUGCGCAGCUUGCCUGGUGGGAACUGCGCUGAUACUCGCCAAGAAGUCACGUGACAAGCCCAAUGGCUAUUCUCUGCUUGUUAGCGGAGGUCAGGAGUAAACACAUACUCAAAGGCAACAAACAGACUUGAAAAAUCAUGGGGGAACUUGAGUAGGAGAUAACUAAAUAAAAGAAAAAUGGUCCGGAAGUCCUUUCUUUUCAUACUUGCCAAUUACAAAACAAAGCAAUGCGCAUCUCGAUGGAAUUUCUAAUCAUCAUAAUCGCUGGAUGAUAAAAGUUGAAAUAACCACACUUUACCUUUUCAGAAACACGGAAAUGGGUCAUAAGGCCGAACUCAACAAUUCUUCUUCAUCGCCGACCAAGAAAGCGUAGUGAUGUCGUUGUUUACUUAUCUUUACCUUAAAAGCGAAUUUAAUCCCAUCUGCUCGAGAUUAUCCUUGAUAUAAAAACACUUUGAACUUCUUUAGCUCAUUGGAUACGAUGCAGUGUCCAAAAAUCCAUCCUUACUUUGAUAUCUCCAGCUCAAGUUCGACUUAAUAUGUAGAUAUUGGCUGGUCUCAAAACUUUGCUAACUCGGUUUUUGUAGUUUAGCAUUGUUUAAGUAACUUUUCAAUGAUCUACUCAUACCGGAAAUGUCGAAAAAAUAUGAUUCAAUAAGGGUGCUUGCUAAGUAGAAAGGGAUAUUUACUUUUUCUGUUUAAGUAUUCUGAGUAAUUUUAAAAUCUACGUCAAGUGCGGGGGUACGUUUGAUUGCAUUUCUGUCAGGUGGGCAGAAUUAACUACCACAUCAAAUUGGUAACUUAAUAAAUACUUCAGUCAUCAUAAGUCGGUAUUGAUGCAGAAAUGUGAGAGCACUCUAAACUUCCAAAAGGGAUCAUGAUAUUAAAAAUAUUCCGUCGGGUUUGGAGUUAACAAAUUAAGAUAAUGCUGGGUGAAGGAAAAUGAUGCUUUCAUCAAGAUUUAGGAAGUUACCUCAACGUGAUCUCUAAGUAUCAACUCUCUUGGAGUAAAGUCUUAUACUAACAGUUGAUAACAUGAGCUAAGACUACAUUUCAUCAGAAUUUUUAUACUCAGAUAUGGUGCUGGGAUUUUACUGCUGUUUUUAAAACGAAUGAAAGGAAAUAAAAUCUUUAAUUGUAUGUCAUGUAA